AUGGAUUACACGGGAUCACCAGAGCAUCCGGCCAAGAGAAGACGCUUCUUCGCCUCCGACGACGAUGCCCUGAGCCACCACUCCAGCCCAGCGCUCCCGACCCCGCCAGCGCAACCGAGGCAGCGCUUCUUCCAAGAUGCCGACGACGAGACCACGCAAAUCAAAAGCGAAGAUGCCGAAGCUCCCUCCUCGCCUCUGAGGAAUCGGGGACCGCUGGUCGAGCAGCCUAUCGAAGAUGCAUCCAAUCGCUCUGCCCCUCCUUCGGACCUUCGACGCGAAGAAGCCGCAAUGACCUUCGACCAAGAGACCUUCGAGAGCUUCGUUGGCGACAAAGUUGCGGCGGACACGCUAGAUGUUAUCCGAGAGAACUGUGGAAACAAUCUCGAACGAGCGGUCAACAUGUACUUCGAUGGCACAUGGAAGAAGUUGAAGAAGAAGUCGCCCACGGUCAACGCUUUCGCCCGUCCCUCACCCGCCACUGCCUCAGCUUCGAUUGCUCAAGACGUCCCGAUGGAAGACCCUCCGAAGCCGACCAUUCGCCGUUCGAUGCCCGAGUCUCGAUACAUUGGCUCCCUUGGUGUCGAAGGUUGGGCUACACGCAGUGGCGCCAACUUGCUGAAGCAUGGCGACGUCGUCAACAUUGACAGACAAAAGAUACAACCGCCCAAGGCGACACGGGUUACAAAAUUCGGUGUUACAACCGUUGCUUCCUCGCGUUCUGCCGCGGCGAGACGAGUGGAUGUGAUGGUGCGCUUCACAAACAGCAGCGGGUCCGAGAUUGGGAGACUGGCCAAGGACACUGCUGAAUGGGUGUCGACGUUGAUGGACCAGAAGAUAUGCCGCUUCGAGGGCACUUGCGUAUACGCUCCGGAACGGCUAAGGACAAACGAUACGAUCUUCAUACAACUCAAGUGCUAUCUCCUGGCUUCUGCGUUCCACAGCCCUGGGUUCAACAUCGAGGAGAACAGGGCGGCGAGCUUUUUCGAAGAGAAGGAGUCCACCGAGGAGAAGGAGCUUCGAUUGAAACAGGUCGCUCUGGUGAAGCUUUUGCACGACAUCAACCUCGAGCCUACACGAGCCAACUCCGCGGCAUCCAAAAAUCAGAGACAAGGGUUGCUGCAGGCGGCGGAGAUGGACGAGAAGAAGGAGAAGGAAUCCUCAAAGUCUGGCGCUAAGGAGCCGGGAUCUUCCCCUUCUUCUGACGACCAAGAAGAUGGCCAGGAGCUUGAGCAGGAUCAGCUUGAUGCGCUCUACCGGAAGGCCCAAUCGUUCGACUUCAACACCCCGGAGGCCGAGCCCGCAGAUACCUUUUCUAUGGAUCUUCGUCCAUAUCAGAAGCAAGCUUUGUAUUGGAUGAUGACCAAAGAAAAAGACCAAAAGAACAACAGGGAACCCAGCAUGCAUCCCCUGUGGGAGGAGUACGUUUGGCCGCUGAAGGACACGGACGAUAAAGAGCUCCCUCAGGUCGAGGGCCAAGAGCACUUCUACGUCAACCCCUACUCAGGCGAUCUUUCGCUGGACUUUCCCGUUCAGGAACAGAACUGCUUGGGUGGUAUCCUCGCAGAUGAGAUGGGUCUCGGCAAGACCAUUCAGAUGCUCAGUCUGGUUCACUCGCAUCGCUCUGACGUCGCACAACGAGCCAAGUUGGAAGGUGGCGCACCGGCGACUGUCAACGAACUUCCCAGGCUGUCUGGAAAAUCAAACAAUGUCCUGCCCGCGCCAUGUACGACGCUCGUCGUUGCUCCCAUGUCGCUACUGGCGCAGUGGCAUAGUGAAGCGGAGAAGGCUUCGAAGGAGGGUACACUCAAGGCGAUGGUUUACUAUGGUAAUGAGAAGGCCAGCAACCUCCAGGCAAUGUGCUGUGAGGCCAGUGCUGCUUCUGCACCCGACGUGAUCAUCACAAGUUACGGAGUGGUCUUGUCGGAGUUCAACCAAGUUGCGGCCAAGAAAGGAGACAAGUCUGCCCAUACAGGUCUCUUCUCGCUCAACUUCUUCCGUGUUAUUCUCGACGAGGGACACUUCAUCAAGAACAGACAGUCCAAGACCGCGAAGGCUUGCUACGAGAUUACUGCGGAGCACCGUUGGGUUUUGACAGGAACGCCGAUCGUCAACAAGCUGGAGGACCUUUUCAGUUUGGUCCGCUUCCUCCGAGUCGAGCCUUGGAACAACUUUUCGUUCUGGAAGACUUUUAUCACUGUUCCCUUCGAGUCAAAAGAUUUUAUGCGGGCACUUGAUGUCGUGCAGACCGUGCUAGAGCCCCUGGUGAUCAGGCGUACGAAGGAGAUGAAAACACCAAAUGGCGAACCACUCGUUCCCCUUCCACCGAAGCACAUCGAGAUUGUCGACGUGGAACUGGGAGAAACGGAACGCGAGAUAUACGACUACAUCUUUACGCGAGCGAGGCAAUCCUUCCGAGAGAACGUCGAGGCUGGCACCGUCAUGAAGGCCUACACCAGCAUAUUUGCCAACAUAUUGCGACUUCGUCAAUCUUGCUGUCACCCUGUUCUGGUGAAGAACAAGGAGUUGGUUGCAGACGAGGCGGAAGCAGGUGCAGCAGCAGACAUUGCAGCAGGUCUUGCAGACGACAUGGACCUGGGUUCGCUCAUCGAACAUUUCUCAGCUGCUGUGUCUGAAUCAGAGUCGAACAACAACGCAUUCGGCGCACACAUUCUCGGUCAGAUUCGCGACGAAGCCACGAACGAGUGUCCCAUUUGCGCGGAAGAGCCCAUGAUCGAGCAGACGGUCACUGGGUGCUGGCACUCAGCCUGCAAGAAGUGCCUGCUGGACUACAUGAAGCACCAGACGGAUCGGCACAAAGUCCCGACAUGCCCGAACUGCCGCGCGGAGAUCAACUAUCGCGACCUCUUUGAAGUUAUUCGCCACGAAGACGACCCAGACCCGUUCCAGAAAACGAAGAUCAGUCUGCAGCGCCUGGGCGUGAACAACUCUUCCUCCAAGGUUGUUGCCUUGAUCAAGGCGCUGCGGGAACUGAGGAAAGAGAAGCCGCGCGUAAAGUCGGUGGUGUUCAGCCAGUUCACGUCGUUCCUGACGCUAAUCGAGCCGGCGCUGACGCGGGCCAACAUCAAGUUCCUGCGUCUCGACGGUAGCAUGGCGCAGAAGGCCCGCGCCGCUGUUCUGGCAGAGUUCCAGGACUCCAAGACUUUUACGGUGCUGCUGAUCAGUCUCCGCGCCGGUGGCGUGGGGUUGAACCUGACGUCGGCGAAGAGGGUGUUCAUGAUGGACCCGUGGUGGAGUUUCGCCGUCGAGGCGCAGGCCAUCGAUCGCGUGCAUCGCAUGGGGCAAGACGAAGAGGUAAAGGUUUAUCGGUUUAUCGUCAAGGAGAGCGUGGAGGAGAGGAUGUUGAAGGUUCAGGAGCGGAAGAAGUUCAUUGCGACUUCCCUUGGCAUGAUGAGUGACGAAGAGAAGAAGCUCCAGAGGAUCGAGGACAUCAAGGAGCUCCUCAGCUAA